AUGGCGGCUCAAUCGGAGGACGAAAUGGUGUUCUUGGAAACGGCCAUAGUGUAUAUUUUGGACGAUUAUGGAAGGCAGCACGAGGCAAGAGCACUGCUUGAUUCGGGCUCGAUGUCUAACUUUGUUUCGGAAGCUCUGGCUAGGAAACUAAUGACCACCCGCACCAAGGUGAAUGUUUCCGUUUCUGGCAUCGGAAAAGCUAUUCAACAUGUAAGGGGAUCGAUCACGGCAACCGUUCGAUCCAAAAGUCAACACUUCGCCACUCAGUUGGAACUACUUGUAUUGGAAACACCGUCAUCGGACAUACCAACUUCACCAAUCGAUGUAUCAUCCUGGGACAUGACGAAUGUGACACUAGCGGAUCCCACGUAUCACAUUCCUGGCAGGAUUGAUGUCGUCAUAGGUGGUGACGCUUUCUGGGAGCUACACACUGGGCACAAGCGUUCAUUAGGCCCUGGUAGACCAUGGCUAGUGGAGACGCAUUUUGGAUGGGCUGUAGCAGGAAAUACAUCGCAGUCAUCACACACAUCUCGUAUAUGUCAUAUGGCAACGAACGAGCAACCAUUGGAAGCAAUAAUGACACGGUUUUGGGAAAACGAGACCAUACCGGAUGAUCCUGUUUAUUCGGUGGAAGAGGACAGCUGCGAGAAACAUUACGUAUCUACUACAACUCGUAAUGCAUCGGGGAGGUAUGUUGUUUGCUUGCCUAUUAAUCCUAUUCCGAGUAUCGUUUUAGGAUCCUCGAGAGAGAUCGCAAAACGCAGGUUCCUUGCAGUAGAACGACGUUUGGAAGCCAACCCUCAGAUGAAGGGACCAAAUUCUGCGUUUAUGAAGGAAUACGAGAAAUUGGGGCAUAUGAAGAAAAUGCCUAAUCCUGUUGAUGAUGAUUGCCCUCACUACUACCUUCCUCACCACGCAGUUUUGAAAGAGAAGAGUACCAGCACAAAGGUUCGAGUUGUGUUCGAUGCGUCGUGCAAGACCUCUACCGGUGUCUCUUUAAACGACAAGCUUCUUGUUGGUCCCGUUAUCCAGCAAGAUCUUUUCACCAUCAUGCUGCGCUUUCGAUCUCACGCAAUUGCUAUCACCGCGGACGUCGAAAAAAUGUACCGGCAAAUCCUCCACGAAAGUCGAGAUAGAAACUUUCUGCGCAUUCUGUAUCGAGAGAACCCGAAUGAUCCUAUAGAUACCUAUGAACUACAGACGGUCACUUAUGGCACUGCUUCAGCUCCGUUUUUGGCGACUAGGACGUUGCGGCAGAUCGCACAAGAUCAUCAGGACGAGUACCCACGGGCAGCGAACUCGAUCUAG